CCGCAAUUGCAUGGGGCCCGAGCCCCAUGCAGCAGAAGCGUCGCCUCAUAAACGCACAGCGCCCCUGCCUCGCCCUUACUUUUAAAGCAGUGUGGUGACUUAACGUCCCACCUUUCUUCUCCUCCAGUUUAAAGAGGAACCAGCAAAAAUGUCUGAGGGCAAGGAGCAUCUGUCCAUCGUCAUUUGCGGCCACGUCGACUCUGGCAAGUCGACGACCACUGGUCGCCUGCUGUUCGAGCUCGGCGGUAUCCCCGAGCGUGAGCUGGAGAAGCUGAAGGAGGAGGCCGCUGCCCUGGGCAAGUCCUCGUUCGCCUUCGCCUUCUACAUGGACCGCGCCAAGGAGGAGCGCGAGCGUGGUGUGACCAUUGCCUGCACCACCAAGGAGUUCUUCACUGACCGCUGGCACUACACCAUCAUCGACGCCCCCGGUCACCGCGACUUCAUCAAGAACAUGAUUUCCGGUGCCGCCCAGGCCGAUGUGUGCCUGCUGAUGGUGCCCGCUGACGGUAACUUCACCACCGCCAUCCAGAAGGGUGACCACAAGGCCGGUGAGAUCCAGGGCCAGACCCGCCAGCACGCUCGCCUGAUCAACCUGCUGGGUGUCAAGCAGCUGAUUGUGGGUGUGAACAAGAUGGACUCCGACACUGCCGGCUACAAGAAGGAGCGCUACGAUGAGAUUGCCAACGAGAUGCGCCACAUGCUGGUGCGCGUGGGCUGGAAGGACGACUUCGUCAACAAGUCGGUGCCCAUCCUGCCCAUCUCCGGCUGGCUGGGUGACAACCUGAUCACCAAGUCCACCAACAUGACCUGGUACUCCGGCCAGGAGGUGGUCAACCUGAAGGGCGAGAAGAUCCAGGUGCACACCCUGCUGGACGCCCUGAACAGCUUCGUGGUCGUGCCCGAGCGCAAGACCGACGCUCCCCUGCGUCUGCCCAUCUCCGGCGCCUACAAGAUCAAGGGUGUCGGUGAUGUGCUGGCCGGCCGCGUCGAGCAGGGCGUGGUCAAGCCCGGUGAUGAGGUGAUCUUCCUGCCCACCCACACCACCGCCAACCCCUGCACCGGCAAGGUGUUCACCGUGGAGAUGCACCACAAGCGUGUGGACAAGGCCGGCCCCGGCGACAACGUCGGCAUGAACAUCAAGGGUCUGGACAAGGGCAACAUGCCCCGCACCGGUGACGUGAUGAUCCUGAAGUCGGACCAGACCCUGAAGAUUGUCAAGGACUUCACCGCCCAGAUUCAGACCCUGGACAUCCCCGGUGAGGUCAAGAAGGGCUACUCGCCCAUCGGCUUCGUGCGCUGCGGCCGCUCCGCCUGCCGCAUCAGCGGCAUCAACUGGAAGGUCGGCAAGGAGACCGGCGGCAAGAAGAUGGAGAACCCCGUCGGCCUGAAGGCUAACGAGAUGGCUGAGGUCGUCUACGAGCCCACCCAGCCCCUGAUCGUGGACUCCUUCAAGAACUGCGAGGGCCUGUCCCGCAUUGCCUUCCUGGACGGCAACACCGCCGUCAUGCUCGGCAAGGUGGUGUCCGUCACCCACAAGUAAAUGGACGGCUAGCAGUGGCUGCGGCAGAGGCGGCCUGAGCUAGGCACCUUGGCGGGGCGGGCGGCGGACACGCUAAUGCAUUAUGCGCGCGCGGCGUGGACGCGGCUGGUCACGAUCGGGGUGCUACCCACGGCAAUGGCUGCUGCGGUGGAGCAGGAUGCUUGAGAGCAAGCACAGGUUGGGGUGGUACAGGGUCGCUUGGAAGCGGUGUCGGAGUGAGUGCUGCGCGGGGUGUCUGACGGUUUGACUUCUCAGGCCUUGCAUGCAAAAGACGCGGAAUGACUUGAGAGUGGCGUACGUCCAGACGUGGACGGUGUUAGCUAAGUAGCGACUGGUAGGACGGAUUUCGGAAGAAGCCAACUGACGGAGUGGUCCCUACAUGUAUUUGGGUGCCCUGAGCGGAUUCGGGAAACAACCUCGUGUCGCUGAAGCAUGAAACACUGUAACGGUGCGUGAGGC